AUGUUACAGGAUGACACCUGUUUGCUGAUCCUGUCGCAUAUCCUUUCAAUUGAUAAGGCACCGCAUCUCUCGCAUGUCUCCAGACUCAUCAACAUGAAAUACAAUUGUUCAGGCUGGACAAUUUGUUAUAGCAGUAUUUCAAAGGCGAACAUUUCAGAUCGUUGUACAAUACAGUGCGAAAAUGGUGGUUCGAUAAACGAUAACUGUGAGUGUGAGUGCAGUUAUGGUUUUGAGGGUGAUCGAUGUCAGUUGCUGACAAAACGAAAACUUUUCACUGAUCCAUCGUGUGGACAAGUUGAUACAAGUCAACAGUCGGUUAUUUCACUCAGUUCAUAUCCAGAUUCAGCAAGUGGAUCGACAUUUUGUCAGUGGCUGGUUCGUGGAUCGUUAAGCGAAUCAAUUGAAUUCGAGAUUGCUGACCUCGAUUUGGAUGCGGACAACAUGUUACCUGGACAGAAAUGCAACGAUCUCUUCUACAUUUGGGGAUCAGCACAAAUCACCAAUCCAGUGAAUUGUGAUCCAAAAUCAGUGCAGAGUUUGCAAGGAAUCAAAUACAAAAGCGACACGAAUUGGCUUCUCAUUGAACUACGGAUGAAUCCUUGGUCCGAAAGACCACAUAAGGGACCAUUCAUCAAAUUUCGUCUCGUCGAUUCACCGAUGCCACAACGUGAGUCAAGUCCUCCUCAUUUAGAGUAUGAACGAAUCGAGCAGACAUUGUCUUGCAAAGAGGGGAUUCACUUGUCAUGA